UAAGGCAUAUGUUUGUUCCCUAAUGUGGAUAGUAUUGAUAGAAAAAAAAAGAAGUUAAACUGUAACAGUGAAAGAUGCAAGAGUUGGUAGCUGGUUUACAGAUGAUGAGAUUUGAUUUUGAAAUUGUUCUGGAGCAACAAAGAGGAAUUAUGGAUUUGCCAUUUUCUGGCAUGGAUAGAUCUAGUUCAGCUGUUUGUGAGCUUUUCAUUAAAGGUAAAUGCUUAAAAGAACAAAUGUGCCCAUUUCGACACACGUGUGGUGACAAGAAUGUCGUAUGCAAACACUGGCUCCGAAGCCUGUGUAAAAAAGGAGACCAGUGUGAGUUUUUGCAUGAGUAUGAUGAGACCAAGAUGCCACGAUGCUACUUCUAUUCAAAAUAUGGUGAAUGCAAUAAGCAAGAGUGUCCUUUCCUACACAUCAAUUCGCGGAUGCAAAUUCCAGACUGUCCCUGGUAUGACCGAGGAUUCUGUAAAUAUGGCCCACUGUGCAAAAACAAACACACCAGGAAGAUAAUCUGUGAGAAUUAUCUGGCUGGUUACUGCCCUGAAGGAACAGCAUGUAAAUUUUCACAUCCAGGUAAUGAAUUUACUGAUUGGAACAGUGACCUAAAGGAAAUGUCUGAGAUCCCACUUUUCACAAAGGACAGCACUGCGGAGACAAGGGUCUAAGGAGGCUGAGUCUGUCAACAAAAAUGCUUCAAGUGCAGGGAGAAGGGACACCACAUGAACCAAUGCAAUGACAAAUGUCAAACUCUGACAACUACAGCAACUAUGUAAAUGGAUCUGAAACCCAGGACUGUCAAACAAUCUAAUGUGCAGAAUGACUGACUUUUAUCCAGUAUUGCAAAAGUUCAAAAAAUGAUGAAUUUUAUUCUCUUUUGCCUUAAGCAACAUAAUAUCGAGCUUAAAACGGUUUGAAUGCACUAAAUCACUGUUUUCAUCUUUUAUAUCUUAAGUUUUGUCCUCCUUCCUCAAAGUAAUUGGAUUUAUUGUUUGGCUAAUUCCAAGAGGGUGCUCACUCAAGAGGUUAUUAUCCACAUGUGGAUAAUGCUCCUGUAAAGUAUCUUGGAGUGGUUUAUUAUAUUAAAGAGCUAUAUUAAUAGAAGCUGUUGUUGUUAUUUGCAGAUCUGCACUUAAAACAUGAACCAUGGACAUGGGUCAGGGAUCAAUCUCCCAAUCUGAAUUUUUUUCCCUGACCUGAUAACACCAAUUAACCCAUUCUAGAAUUGCUAUGACUGUCCCCUACUAUGCUGACCCUGGUCUGCUCCACCACUGGACUCUUUUUGUCAGAUUCACACAGGCUAAAAUUCUUGGAGCCACUUAAGUUGCUGCAAAUUGUUCUUUAAAUCCCAUGUGACCUGUAAAAUCUACAUAACAUCCAUAAAAUGUAGGAAGCCUAAAUGUGGGAGA